UUUUAUGAGUUGGCAUUCACCCCGUUCACAUCACACAGCUCUUUUCAUAACUUCACAUGACCCAACUGUUUAUUUUUCUUUCAACAGGAUCAUCUUGACCAUUAGUCCAUCAGACGAGUCCCAGCCUCUCGGGAGGAGGAGUCUGGUGCUUGUUGUCAUCACCGCUCCUGGAUGGAUGCAGCGAUCCUCUCCACUACUUCACUUUGGAAGCUGGGAGGAGAUGGGAGAGCGAUAUCGCCGUGGUAACCGGGCUUUCGUUAAGGAUAACUAACCUCACCGGCGUGUGGCUGCAGGGAGGCGUUGGUUUUGUUGAAGCUCCAGCAUCCCCCGUUGUCCUCCUGAAUUAGCCGUGAGCCACACUUCACUGUGAGUCCUCCUGCCGUGGCCCUCGGCGUCCUUAAUGCUGCCCGCGACCUCGUCAGUACAGCAGCCUUCUCUGAGCUAAGAUGACGGUCGCUUCAGAGACCCUGGGAAGAGGCCCCUCCCCUUUGUGUGUCUGAGGCGCCGCGCAUCAUGUAAUGAAGACGGCCCCCAAGUGUCUGCUGCACUGAGGGUCCGUUGCCGGCGGGAUAUGAGUUAUUUUAGCCCCGUGUCCGACGACAUAUCCAACCUUGUGGGAUUUGUGGGAAGCCCAGAAGACUACGGCCGAGCCAUGCAGUCUGAGGAGCUGUUCAGCAGGAAGCUCAAGGCCCUGAACGGGGGCAUGGCCCCGGGGUCCUCCGGCGCACAGGGGAAGUCCGACGGGCUCGGCAAGUCCAACGGGAACCCCGCCAUGCCUAAGAUGGGCGUGAGGGCCCGAGCGACGGAGUGGCCCCCGAAGAAGGAGGGCUGGGACGGGAGGCCUUCCCCCAACUACCAGAGCGUGAUCCCGGCCUUCGCCAACGGCCAGCAGGACCAAAUCGGUGAGAUCCUGGAGGAGGGCGAGCCCAUCAUCCUGGACCCGGACUACGCCGACGGCAAGUACACUCUGAGCGAGCUCCUCAGCCACUCCCCGCUGCGGGGGCUGCACCCGAUCCGCCAGCGCAGCAACAGCGACGUGACCAUCAGCGACAUCGACUCGGAGGACAUCAUGGACCAGAACGCCGUCAACCCCAACACGGGCGCCUCGCUGCACCGCGAGUACGGCAGCACGUCCUCCAUCGACCGGCAGGGCCUCACCGCCGACGGCUUCUUCAGCAUGCUGCGGGGCUACCGGGCGGACCCCGCGGACCACCGCGGCGCAGCCCCCCCGCUGGGCUUCCCCGAGCUGCUGCGCUACGACACCGCCUUCUCCCCCAGCCUCCAGACGGCGGCCCAGAUCGCCCGCGGCGAGAUCGUGCAGAUCUCGGGCUACGACUACAUCGACAGCUCGCUGCUGUACAGCCGGGAGCGGGAGAAGUCCUUCAUGCGGCGGAUGAAGUCGGAGACCUCGGAGACCUCGCUGUUCCGGAAGCUGCGGACGAUCAAGAGCGAGAGCGACGCCCAGCGGCUGUCCAUGGAGGACGACCGGCGGCCGCUCAGCUUCCAGAAGUGCUUCUCGCACUACGACGUCCAGAGCGUGCUCUUCAACAUCAGCGAGGCCGUGGCCAACAGGGCCACCCUCAGCCAGAGGAAGAACACCACGACCGGGGCGUCGGCUGCCUCGGCCGGGGGGGGGUGCGGCCAGGGAGGGGGAGGGGGCGGCGGCGGUGGGGGAGGGUCCGGAGUCCCCAUGGUCGGAGCGGCGGGCCCCGAACCGGGAUGUAGCGGUGGGAACGCGGGCAUGUUCGAGUCUCCCCUGGGCAGCCGGGAGGACUUGAACCCGAAGGAGAACCUGGACACGGACGACGGCGACGGGAAGAGCAACUACCUGGUGCUGAGUUGCACGCACUUUCGCAACGAGAUCGGCGGCGAGGGCGAGAGGAGGAUCUCUCUGUCCAGGGCGAACAGCACCAACUACACCGGCGGGGGCGAGAGCUGCUCCUUCGAGUCGUCCCUCAGCUCCCACUGCACCAACGCCGGGGUGUCGGUGCUGGAGGUGCCCCGGGAGAACCAGCCCAUCCACAGGGAGAAGGUCAAGCGCUACAUCAUCGAGCACAUCGACCUGGGGGCGUACUACUACCACAAGUUCUUCUACGGGAAAGAGCACCAGAACUACUUUGGCGUGGACGAACACCUGGGCCCAGUGGCCGUCAGCAUCCGCAGGGAGAAGCUGGACGAGGGCAAGGAGAAGGAGGGGAUGCAGUACAACUACCGGGUCACCUUCAGGACCAGCCAGCUCACCACGCUGCGCGGCGCCAUCUUGGAGGAUGCGGUGCCGUCCACGGCCCGCCACGGCACCACGCGCGGGCUGCCCCUGAAGGAGGUGCUGGAGUACGUCAUCCCCGAGCUCAACAUCCCCUGCCUGAGGCUGGCGCUCAACUCGCCCAAGGUGCCCGAGCAGCUCCUCAAACUGGACGAGCAAGGGCUGAGCUUCCAGCACAAGGUGGGGGUCCUGUACUGCAAGGCGGGCCAGAGCACGGAGGAGGAGAUGUACAACAACGAGGGCCCCGGCCCCGCCCUGGACGAGUUCCUGGACCUGCUGGGCCAGAGGGUCCGCCUCAAAGGGUUCUCCAAGUACCGGGCGCAGCUGGACAACAAGACCGACUCCACCGGGACCCACUCCCUCUACACCACCUACAAGGACUACGAGCUGAUGUUCCACGUCUCCACCCUGCUCCCCUACACCCCAAACAACCGGCAACAGUUGUUGCGGAAGCGGCACAUUGGCAACGACAUCGUCACCAUCGUGUUCCAGGAGCCUGGAGCUCUCCCCUUCACGCCCAAGAACAUCCGCUCGCAUUUCCAGCACGUGUUUGUUAUCGUCAAAGUCCACAACCCCUGCACUGAUAACGUCUGCUACAGUGUGGCCGUCUCCAGGUCGAGAGACGUGCCCCCCUUCGGACCGCCCAUCCCGAAGAGCGUCACCUUCCCCAAGUCGGCCGUGUUCAGGGACUUCCUACUGGCCAAGGUCAUCAACGGAGAGAACGCGGCGCACAAGUCGGAGAAGUUCCGAGCGAUGGCCACACGCACCAGGCAGGAGUACCUGAAGGACCUGGCCGAGAACUUCGUCAGCACGGCCACCAUCGACUCGGCCGUCAAGUUCAGCUUCAUCACCCUGGGGGCCAAGAAGAAGGAGAAGGCCAAGCCCAGGAAGGACGCGCACCUGUUCAGCGUGGGAGCCAUAACGUGGAGCGUUCGUGCCCGGGACUUCGGUCAGUCGGCCGACGUGGACUGCCUGCUGGGCAUCUCCAACGAGUUCAUCGUGCUCAUCGAGGAGGACUCGAAAAACGUGGUCUUUAACUGCUCCUGCCGCGAUGUGAUCGGCUGGACCUCAGGCGUCAUGAGCAUUAAGAUCUUCUACGAGCGGGGCGAGUGCGUCAUGCUGUCGGCGCACGACAACUGCGGAGAGGACAUCAGGGAAAUGGUCCAGAGGCUGGAGAUCACCACCAGAGGCUGCGAUACCUCGGAGAUCAUCCUGCGGCGCAACGGCCUGGGCCAGCUGGGCUUCCACGUGAACUUCGAGGGCAUAGUGGCCGACGUGGAGCCCUUCGGCUUCGCCUGGAAGGCCGGGCUGCGGCAGGGGAGCCGGCUGGUGGAGAUCUGCAAGGUGGCCGUCGCCACGCUCACCCACGAGCAGAUGAUCGACCUCCUGCGCACCUCCCUCAGCGUCAAGGUGGUCAUCAUCCAGCCCCACGAGGACGGCACGCCACGCAGGGGCUGCUCCGAGCUCUACCGCAUCCCCAUGGUGGAGUACAAGGUGGACAGCGAGGGCACUCCCUGCGAGUACAAGACGCCCUUCCGGAGGAACACCACGUGGCACCGCGUGCCGGGCCCGUCGGGCCAGGCCCUGUCCCGGAGCUCCCCCACCCAGGGCCCGGACCGCCUGCAGUGCCAGCAGAUCCUCCAGCAGCACCAGGCCAACGCCAUCCCCCGGAGCACCUCCUUCGACCGGAAGCUGCCGGACGGGUCCAGGACCAUGCAGGAUAUGGAGAACCCCCAGGUCACCUCGUGCAACAAGGGGGACCAGCACUACCGGAGCUCCCCCAGUAACCAAUCGUCCUCCAGCGACCCUGGGCCCUGUGGGAGCACCAGCUGGUCCCAGCAGGCCGGAUACGACGGAUGCCCUUCCCCUGUCCUCCACGAGCACUCGGGUGACAUCGCCGGCGGGGACGGCGGGGGCCGCGAGAGAGAGCCCACGCUGGAGAGGACCCGGUCGGCGGAGGCCAAGUGGCACGUACCCUCCACCAAGAUCCUGAACUCUCUCAAACACCGAGAGGGGAGCAAGGACUCUCCCAACAAGCUGUCCAGGACGGGAGACAAGACGUCCAGCCACUCCAGCAGCAACACCCUCUCCAGCAACGCCUCCAGCAACAGCGACGAGAAGCACUUUGGCUCCGGGGACCUCAUGGACCCCGAGAUGCUGGGCCUCACCUACAUCAAGGGCGCGUCCACCGACAGCGGCAUCGACACCAACCCCUGCAUGCCCCCCGGGGCGCGGCACCUCCUGCAGGUGCGGGGGGGCGAGCAGGCGCACCCGUGGCCGUCGGAGCUGGCGGAGGACGCGGCCUCGGAGGACGACCACGGGAAGAUGUACUUGCCGCAGGGCUACGCCGCCGCCAUCAUGGAGGGCAGCCUGGGAGACCUCAGCGAGAUCUCGUCCCACUCCAGUGGCUCGCACCACUCUGGCAGUCCCCUGGCCCGCGGGGCCAGAUACUGUAUGUCCACCGACUCCUCCAGGGCCUACACCAUCCCCCAGGCCAGCAGCGCGGGUGUAGGGCCCGGGCCCGAGACAGGGCCUGGGCCUGGGGUGGGUCCCGGCUCAGAGGCGUGUGGACAGGCACGCCAGGAGCCUGGCUCAGAGCUCUCACUGGGCACGGAGACCACCGACGAUGCCCACUGCAUCCAGGAACCCCCCGACAAUACAGAGUGUGGAGGCGCCGAGGGCUUGUUAGCUCUGCUGCUCAAAAUGCUGUCCGAGCAUUCCAGGCAACUCUACGCCCAGGAGGCGGCCUGCCGGCUCCAGGAGGCCCAGCGCGAGGCCGAUUCGCUCCACGGCAUGACCAAGGAGGACUACCUCAAGAUGAUGCUGCCAGACAGCCCCCAGGAGGAGGACGGGAGACCGGUGAGCAGCGAGCCCCCCCGCGGGACCCAACCCACCGCUUAAAACCUCAUGAAUUUGUUUUGAGCGCAUGGUAUCGCGUUGUUUCUCUCUUGUGGUUGAACGAGCUAUGGCGGGGUUGAUGUUGCGUUGCAGAGUCGAGCGGAUUGACUUGUGAACCGAAGGUUGCUAGUUCGAUCCCCAGCUCCGC